AUGACAACAAUAAGAAUCAACAUUAUUAUGUUGCCUGUUAUUAGCAUUACUAUGCCAGUGAAAAAGGUUCGAUUCUUCCUGUGCUCCAAGUAGGCGCAGACGCUCUCCAAAAAACAAAAGUCUGGUUUCCCGUCUUAUUAUUUAGGCGUUGUGAUAGUUGUGGAGUGUGUCAACUUGAAAAAAGAAAUACUCGGCAAUUCCCCGCCAUAAGGCAGGUUACAAAACAAUAUUAACAGUGUAGCUGUCGGCAAUAUUCUGUUCAAAGCCAAUCGAACAACGGACAAUUCUGUGAGUACCUAUAACCAGUAGGAAUUCACUUGCGUUUGGAUCUACGAGCAUAUGCCAUUAGUGCUUAAAGCGGGAACGGCCAUUUAAAAAGAUGGAGGACAUGAGCUUUAGUUUCGAUACGGCUCAUGAUGACAAUUGUCCCACAAAGCGACAAAAGACAGUAACGCCUACACGAGCCAAGCGUGGCGGGCCCGUCGGUAGUCGACUAGUUAUAUACGACUGGCCUGUGGAUGAUCUCAAAACCCUCUGCAGACGUAUGCAAGAGGCCAGCUUGCGGCUACAGCGUCUAGCAACAACCCCGUAUGGUAAGGCUGAAGCUCGUCUGGACUGGAAUGAGGUGGCUUUCAAUGGACGAAGUAACGAGGAGUGCCGCAUUAAAUGGCAACAACUUUCAGCUAACGUGAGGAACUUUCGUACACUGUCAGAAAUGCUUACGGACACGGAGCGGUGGCUGGAGUCGAAUCCCCGUAAAGCGAAACAAGCCUUCACAGAUCAUCCGGACAAGCCAACAAAACCGGCUUCAAUUUUUAUACGCUAUAUGACGACACAGAUUCCUAAAAUGAAACUUAAAUAUCCAUCUAUGGCACAUAGAGACAUUGUACGGAAAAUCGGUGAAAUGUACAAAACAGUACCACCAGCGAAAAUUGAAGAGAUGAAGGCUGAAUAUCAACGGGAAAGUGAAGACUAUGUGGCCCGUUUGGAGAAAUUCUACGCUGAGCACCCAGAAGCAGCUCCAUAUUCGCGGCCGGUAAACAGCAGUCUGGGUGGCAGCAGAUCCGGUACCGGAACCGGGUUUAUGCACUUCGUCGAAGAGAAAAUCAAGGAUCCGAAAUUCGCUAAUGCGACCAAAGACGAAUUACGAGAAAAAUGGGCAAAGCUGAAAGAUAGGAAAAAAAUUUUGUACAUCGAAGCUGCUCUCGACGCUCACCGGCUACAAGAAAGUCAAAAUUCAACUCUCAUGCCAAAAACGACAUGUGAUGUGUUAAGUAAAGAUGAACGCGAACUCUACGACCGCUUCCUGGGCAAACCAACACGACCACCCCCAACGGGUUUUGCACUCUUUAAGUCUAUCGCCUCGGUUGAGCUGAAAGGUCUCAACACCGCCGAACGAAACAAGGAGUAUCACAAUCGGUGGUCGAUGAUGUCGCGAGCCGAACAGAAUAAAUUUAAUAAUGAGAUCAAGCUAAUGAAACAGGCAUUUGACAAUGACAUGGCUGAAUACCUAAAAAAACUCAAGCAUCGGGAGCAACUUCUUAUCGAAAACGGCCCCGGAAGUUGUCUUUGGAUGCCAGAAGCACAGAGGAAUGGACAAGUAGAACUCGAUACCCCAAAAUCACAAUCGACAUUAGGAUCGGGGACGUCGUCCACGAAGGAGUCGCCUACAAAACAAAAUUUGCCCUUAAAAAGAAAGGAAGCAGCCUUUGAUGAGAGUGAGGGGGAUGCUGAAAGCGCUUUGGCCCCAUCUAAAUCUAAACAAAAGUCUAACCCAAGAACUUCAACGUCUCCUAUCAAGAUAGCUUCACCAGAAAAGAUCACCCAAGCCUCGACAAAGAUCACGGCUUUAAAGUGCUAUCAGGAGAGUGAAUUAGCAAAUUGGCGCGAGAUCAACCCCGGCUUAUCAGAUAAAAAACUGCUAAGAUCGAUCACGGCCGCCUUUGAGGAGUUGUCCGACAAAAAGAAGGCUAAAUGGGCUCGAAAAGCAGAGAAGAUGUCACAGAAAAUGAUCACCACUGACGAUCAAACCGAAUGAAAUUAUCAGUUAGAUAUUUAAAGUCUAGACAGUAAAUGUGGUCUUUGAAAGACUAUGUUGUUUUUUGCUUCAAAAAAAAAUGCAGAAAAAUAGGCCACGAUCAUCCGCAGGGGAGGUCAAGAUCCCCCCUCUCUAGAUGUUUGCAAGCAAUGCAGUCGUUGUGUUGCUACUACUUGUAAGUAGGCUUAUGAAUUGGCAUAGGUACGUUUUCGUCAGUGUUAGUUAAUUGACUAAUUAAAUCUACUAUACAUUUACCUGUAUAUGAGUGAAUGAGUACGUAAGUUCAAAAAGACCGUACGUAAAAAAUCUGAAUGAAAAGAUGCUUGAAACCAGCGUGUGCGACUGUUGUAUAUGCGAUACGAAACCCAUACUUGUCCCACACCUCCAUAGAUUAAACAUUGAUUUCAUGUUUAGCCUUGCCAUAUUAUGUGACCUAUUUAUACGAAAAAAAUCCACUCAACAGUGCAUCACCCAUUAUACCGCAUCAAGGCUAGUUUUUUAGUAUUGCUGAUCGUAUUCAUUGCUCAGUUGCAGUAAUCUAUUCACCAGUGGUGUCAGAUUCGUUCAGAGUUAAAAGUUAAGUGAAUUUGGUGAUAUAAUUUUUGUUCUAUCAAGAGUAACUGACGGGUGCUGUCCUAUUUGCUUUCUGAAUAUGGUAUUUGCCUGAACAAGCUUUAGGCGCUCACUGAGCAUGGGUCGCUUAUCUACAUCGUGGUAGAUUGGUACCUUAAAGCUGAAAUUAUAGGACACACGAUUAAGAGUACUUGACUAAUCCAUCUAUGUAUUUUUUUUUCAUAGAAUACUCAAUUCGUAUAUGGCUUGGGUUUAUCUAGGGUAAUGAAAUGGAUUGACACUACCUGCUUGUCAGGACUCAUUAGUUUUUGGUAUUGAGGUUGAGUAUAACGUAAAUGUCGGAAAUUUCCAUUUUGGUUACGGCAAAAUCGACAUUUAUUUUUUAUUAAAUAGGACAAGAUACUUUCGAAAUAUUUGAUAGAAUAAUGAUUUUUUGUGUUUACGAUGGAAUAGGUAUUUGAUUGAAAUUCGCAAAUGUUAGAGAUUAUGUAACGUGUGUUCUUCUUAGAUCCAUAAAUAUCUAGCUAUGCGAUUUGAAAAUCUGUAUACAACAAGCAAUCAAUGAAGAAACAAGUGAUUAAAAAAAUAAAUUGAACUGUAUUAUACAAACCGAGUGAAGUUCCGUCAUCAAUGUAAUGAAUACUACCACCGAACAUCGAUACAAAAAGACUACCGUGGAUUAGCAUCUAUUCCAAGCAGGCUGUCGAUGUUUAUUUAACUAAUUUCAUUCAUCGAUGUUACACCCAACCCAAAGUAUGCGCUAACAGCCUGCAGAGCUCGACUUCGAAAUAGCCGAUACAAGCUCAAAAAUUUUAUUUCACAUAUUUAUAAAGAAUGAUAAUAAAAUAGUUUUUGUUUAUGUAAAUUUAAUAAUAGCGAUAUUGCUACGGCAGACAGGUCAGCGCAGCUGUCGUGAAAUUUGAACGACAGCUUAACAAUGGAAUCAAAUCUUGUAAAAAGCUGAGGUAACGCAGUGGAUGUAUUUAUCCGUUAAACUUAAGAACACAAGGUGAUCUAGAUUUAGACCCGGGCGUAGGCAGAUUUCGUUUUGCCCUGCCAGAAGCCAGCAAGUACUAGUACUGCUUAAUAGCUCAAGUACCAGACGCAAAACACAACAGAAGAAGAACUUACGUUGGGGGCUUUCCAUCGUUCUGCGCAGAUAAUAUCGUCUGCCACCUCGGCGGUCUGUUUGAAUAUCUGCCCUUUCUCUCCAAGCAAACAAACAAGUACAA